AAAAAGACAUUCAUGUGUACGGCAACCAUAACUAAUAUUGUCUCACAUAGUGGCUGGAAUUAUAUAUCCUGUUCAAGUUGCUCAAAAAAAUUGAAAAAAUCUAAAUCGUCACUUUAUUGUCAAAAAUGUGCUAAAUCACAGUCCGUUGGAGUUUUGAGUUUCAGAAUUGAAGUAAUAGUGGAUGAUGGUAAGGAUUCUGCAACUUUUGUUAUAUUUGAUGAAGAUGGUUCAACAAUAACUGGUGCAACUGCUGAAGAAAUUAUAAGAGACUCGCCUGAACAUGUGAAAGAUAUUCCCAAAUGCGUGCAGUCAAUUGUGGGGGAAACUUAUCUGUUUGAGAUAAGAAUUAAAGAAAAAGAUUUUCAAACUUCAUAUCAAAACUUCACAGUUUCGAAAAUUCAUAAACACAUAAAGUCAACUCCGGUGGAUAGCAAUUUGGGAAAUAAACGCAAAGAACGUGAAGAAGAAAAUCAAAAAGAAGAAAGCGAGAAUCUUCGAAAAAAACCACAUGUUUAG